AGUAAAUUGCACUCUGGACUCCGUGCACGUAGGCAACGACAACCUGGCCAUCGGGCGAGAGAUGACCACAUCAUACAAGUUCUGUCAAGAAGUGCAGGCAUCGAAAUUGUCUCCCGCUACAAUUACCUGUGGGUAGUCGUCCAAUUUUCCUUCCCACCUCUACACCUGCAGAUGGACGUGACGGCCCAACCACAAGUCGAGUGUGAUGCUGCGCACGUGCAUUGCUCUCCGGUGCAGUGUGUGCCACGUGACCGUAUUUGUGACGGUCGGGUGGACUGCCGCAACGGGCGUGAUGAAUACUGCCUUCGGUUGAAUCAAGUGGACGCACCGCGAGAGGGCGACACAUGUUUCCGUUGCGGGGACGGGACUUGCGUGUUACCCAAAGCCCCGAGGUACAGUGAGCAGUGGGAGAUACCCCUGUGGUUUCUUUGUGACGGGGUGAAGCAUUGCUUGGACGGAUGGGAUGAAAGGAAAGAUGUGUGCUACCGUAGACAAGGUCGAGUGUCGGCGGUAUUCGAAUGCGUGCCGAACGACUUGCCCCCUGAUGUCAACAUGUCGGCGCUGCUGUGGACAGUCCUGAGGUGCGACGGCCGCCAGGACUGCCGAGACGGGGUGGACGAGACAGGCUGCAAGAAUUCGGCAGCUGGACUUUCCGAGCAACUGCACUUCGACCCACUGACCGCGUGCCUUAUAGCAGCUUUACUCAUCACAGUCUGUGGAGGAUUUGUGUUUAUCACCAGACGAGUUCGACAAAGAGCAUCACAAGUCACCAAAGAGACUUGCGGAGAUGACCACAGCGACUGCCUAGCAGGAUCCAAGAGAAGAAGUAGUGUGGUUAAGGUCACAGGUCACAGAUGAAGAGCAAGACACACCUCAUGCAGACAUCAUCACAUUGACGGCAGUCUGAUGUAUCAACAGCAGAAAUAAACAACACGAGAGCAAGUGAAUGAGACAAACUCGUAUCAGUGUGCAAGCAUGCAGGUGUUGCAAAAAUUGCCGAAACUUUACACCUCGCUUCAUGCAUUCGCUUGCCAGUUAAAAAAAAAAAUUACCGAAUCAUAUACAGAAUUAAAUUGGGAAGAAUAACAAAGAUGUUUGAAAGGUUGAAUAAUAUUAUGCUUUGUGUAACUGUGCAGGUUUCAAAAAAAAAAAAAAAAGUUUCAAAAAUAUAUGGGAGGUAACUUUGCUGCAGCAGAGUAUCUCGGCAAUAGCUAGUUACUUCCCUUAGUCACUGAGCAAAUUUUUUUUCUGCAGCGUUCAGGUGGAUUUAAACAAAUAAUUGGCACAUUUCUCACUCGCUUUUUCUAUGUAAUAUAUACGUAUUCGGUCAUACACAAGACAUAGAAAGGAUAAUGUACUCUCGUAAUAUUUUCACUGUUCCUACUUUUUGUAGAAAACUUCGUCGUUUUGAGCUACACGAACGUGCAGAAUCAUGUAUGGUAAUUACCUUGUCCCUCUGUUUUCUGACUCGUUCUGUUCUGUCUGUACAGAACUCGUGCCUGCCUGAAUGUGUGUCUGUCUGUCGAUGGUUUAAUCAGUGGAUCCUCCAUAUUCCUGUUAUCUUUAUGUGAUUUGGCUCUUAAGCGACGGCUGUUCACACAGACAUUUCCCUAGUAGCAGAAAAUUCCAAUUUUACUAAUGAUUUAUAGUUAAUUUAAAUGCAGACCAAAAACAAACAAAAAAG